AUGAGCGACCUCGACAGUCCUAUAAAGUUGUGCGUUAAGUGGAACGGUAAGGAAUAUGAACUACCAGAGCUUGCACGUUCCGAUUCCGUUGCGAUGUUAAAGGUUGCUAUAGAAAAUGCCACAGGAGUACGGCCUGAGAGACAGAAGCUCCUUAAUGUUAAGUUUCAAGGAAAAGUAGCUACGGAUAACUAUACACUCUCAGAGUUAAACCUUAAGCCAAAUCUUAAAAUAAUGAUGAUGGGUUCUCUCGAAGAAGCAAUAGAAGGUGCCAUGUCAAAGCCUGAUGUUGGUGAUGAUGUAGUUAAUGACUUAGACAUAGAAGAAGAAGAAAUUGAUGUUGAAAAUCAAGAGAUAUACUUAGCUAAAAUAAACAAAAGAGUUAAAGACUACAAAAUAAAAAUACUGAAUGAGCCUCGGCCAGAUAAGAAACUUUUAGUGUUGGAUAUAGACUAUACAUUAUUUGAUCACAGAUCUGUAGCAGAAACAGGUUAUGAACUAAUGAGGCCGUAUCUUCAUGAAUUCCUCACAUCAGCCUACAAAGAUUAUGAUAUUGUUAUCUGGUCAGCCACUGGCAUGAAAUGGAUUGAAGAGAAAAUGAAACUUCUCGGUGUUUCUGUUCAUCCAGAAUACAAAAUUAUGUUCUAUUUAGAUUACUUGGCAAUGAUUACAGUGCAUACACCAAAAUAUGGAACAAUUGAUGUAAAACCACUUGGCGUUAUCUGGGGAAAAUAUCCACAGUAUAGCUCUAAAAAUACCAUUAUGCUAGAUGACAUAAGACGAAAUUUCAUCAUGAACCCGAAGAGUGGACUAAAAAUACGUGCAUUCCGUCAAGCGCAUUUAAAUAGAGAUAAAGAUAAGGAAUUAUUGCAUUUAAUAACUUACUUAAAGGACAUAGCGACGUUUUGUGACGAUUUUGACACGUUAAAUCAUAAGAAGUGGGAGAAGUAUCGGCCAGUGAAAAAGAGCAAACAUGCGGGUAGUAAACGAAAAGCGGAGGACAAUUCGGACAGCUCCGGUGCUACUGCUAACGAAUGA